AAAAAAUUUUAGCUGAAGAUAUUACGAAAACACUAGCAGAAGUAACGAUUAUGGAGAAAGAGUCGACAGCAUACUGAGCAAUGAGAAAGAUUUAAAUCCCCAAUAAACCUGUGACAUCAGACAGCAGAGAUAUCAGCUGACUGACACUCACAUAUCAGCUGAGGGUCUGACUCGUGGUGGAACCAACAGCAGCUGCCAAGGACGCCACUGGAGGUACUGCUGGACUUUCAGCUAUUUAGCUGUUUUAUUUUUCUUUAAAAGUUGAAUAAUAUAAUUAAUUAAACUAAAUGAAUCUUAUAAGUGUUAAGUUUAGACUUCUGCUUAUGUAAAGAAUCAGUUUUUAAAAUACUACAGUCAAAAACAGUAUGUAACCAGUGAAGUAGUUUGCGUGUGGGAAAUCUAUUUAAAGUUCUGAAACUUUAUGCCUCUGUUGGAGAUGGCUGCCAUGAGAACCUUGCGUGUACUACGUGAUCAGAAGAACCGCUCUAUAUUUAUCAAAUCAUGGGACAUGCUGCGUGCUUUUGCUAAAGAACGCCCACCAAAGGACCCUCAUCAUGGGUGCUGCAGGACUUCCCAGACCCUCAACUCCUGUGGACAAGGCCCACAGCUGACAGCACAGGUAAUCUUGUGUUCUCUGUUAAAAUGGAGGACUUUGAGUACAGUGUGGAGAUCUGUGACCGUGACUGGGAAUGCUUCUUUGCAGAAUGUGAGGAGUGUAACCUGCUUCCUCCUUCAAUAGCCAGUCUGGAUGACUCAGGGAUGAGUGAUUUUGAUAAUUCAAGGUCAGUUCUUGCUAGGAGAGUUCAGAAAGUGGAUCUGAAAGCCAGCUUGUCAGAGACUGAUUGCCUGAUUGACGGCCCCCCUGACUGUGAGGGCUCACCUGUGGAGCAUUAUCUCAGCAAACACGGCAUCAGUGGUAUGGAGAGCGUCCUCUCGGGCAGUGAGGAGGAUUUACACCUGCAGUCAGUCAAUGUAUUCUUUGAAGGGCUGAAAAAUGGAACAGAAGCUGAGAGGCCAACUGAGCCAAGCCAAGUUAGAAUUGCACAAAACAGUGAAGAAAAACAGGAGGAAGAAAAGUGCAGUGAUGGACACCAUGAAAGUAGAAGAGCUUUGCCAAAAAAGAGCCCCAAGUUAAACUGUCUGCCUGCCAGUGGUGAAACAGCAGUUGGCAAAGAGACCACAGGGCCUGUGGAAACCAUCAGCAGCAACACAAUGAAAACAAGAAAAAAUGAGCAGUUUUCUCCCAACACUUUUCCUGAGCCUGUAGCCAGUAACUCGAUUUUCUUUACCAACAAAUCAGAUCACUCUGAAUUGUUCAUCAGAGAUAAAGCAGGUGCAGUUAAAACAAAUGAAGAAACACAGGGGAAUCAGUCUAAUGUCUCACAGGAUGGGGAUGUCUGCGCUGAAACAACAACUCACAUUGACAAAGUGGAAAAGCUGGAUGUGUCCACAUCUCAGGAAGACAUUAUGCAGGAACCAAAGCAGUUCAUUCUCAGUAAAAAAGGAAGCACUGAUUUAUGGAGUAAUGUAGACAUUUUGACUAAUGUUAAAUGGAGGGAUGACCAAAACCCAAAUGUUUUACAAACAGAUACACUAAGCCUGAACAAAACAGUGAGUCAAGAAUCGUCUCCCUCUGCCUCUAUGAAAAGGAAGCGAAGAAAGAAAAGACGACUCAGCGUUGAGCCAGCUGGGAGUGUGCAUGGAUAUGAGAGGCAGGUUUUAGUCAAGCAGAGUGACUCAGAGGAAGAGCAUUGUUUAUGGAGAGGAGGAACUGGACUUUGCACAUCAGAGGGUUUUAGUUUUUCCUACUUAAAUCAGCCACAAAAAAUGAUUUUACCCUCUUUAACUCCAUAUUCAGCCACCAACAAUCUCCCUAUCAAGAUAUCUUCAAAUGGGAUUACUGUAAAUGAUUUUACUCAUUACAUUCAUCCAUGUGUCUGUCAGUAUCAGAAUUUACAAGAGAGCAUAGCAAGACAUGCAAGCUCUAUGGAAAAUAAUGCAUAUAAUGACAAGACAGUAAUCCCAUUGUGCCCAAAUAGUAACUGCAUAAUGACAGCACAAAGCGUCAGUGGUAAUACAGCUACAGAUUUAAAACCAUCCUGUGAAUUGCAAAGAGAAGAAUCAGCAGGACCGAAUAAGUGUCCGGGGUUGUCAGUUUCAAUUACUGACCUGGUAACCGGUACAUCAUCUCCUGCAGGGAGUUUCUGGCGAGAUGGUGAGAUGACUCAAUCUAGCAUUUAUUGUGAAAAUGAACACAAUCCUGCGCUGUGGGGAUCAGAGGUCACGUCAGUAACAAACAGUAUUUUACCAAGCACAGAGUCAAAUGAUCCUGCUGUGGAUGUCUGCCAAAAUGACAAACUAUCCCCUGCUAAGUCUGUGCUGGCUCUAGAGGCUGGAAAAUGUGGCAGAAACAAGCACACACUGUGUCGAAGAGAGGCUGAACCCCAACAACAGCUGGAAAUCAACUGUCAUUUCACGGACCAAUAUAGCUGUACUAUGGGAAAGACUCAGUCCCCUCUGACCGCGAUUUCUACGAGCAGUUCUGACGCUCAGGACACAAAACAAGAGCCAAUAAAAACUACAGCCUGUCCUUCUGUCAAGGAGAUCUCCAGCCAAAUAGACUGUGAUAAAAUAACAUUGGAUGGCAGCAAUUCAUUGUCUGAUGAAUGCUUUCUAUCUAAAAGUGCACCCAGUCUAAAUGGAAAUAUGACAGUCAAGCAUACAAACCCACCCUUGGUGCUUUCUUCAAAAUCCAAGUUUAGUUUUUUGUUAGACAAAGAACCAGCAGCUGGGAAUACUGAAAUAACACCACAAAUACUGUCUUUUCAUAGUGGUGAUCCUGUGCCAUAUGGUGAAAUGAAUCAAAAAGGGAAAGAAGAAACCGAAUUGUCCAUGCCUGAAGAAUUAGUCACAAGUCCUUUCUAUAUUACUCCAGGGUCAUCGUGCGGUACACAUGACACAGAAUCGAUCGUGUCCUUCUUAAAUACAAAUAUCAUAGACGUAUCAGGAGGUUCUCCUUUAUCAGUCUGUCAUCAUGACUCUGUAGAAGAAAAGACUUCACUACUACUGGUGAAACAUGAAACAGGAGAUAUCACGUGUACACCCAAAAGCCAUUCUGUAUCAGAAGACACAACGGGGUCUAAUUGUGAUUUAGAGGAAGAAGCUGAAGAUGCUCCAACAGCAUCCGUAGCAGAAUGUGAGCCUGAAAAGGCACCAGAGCACCCAGUUUUUGCUAUGUCGUCUUUUUGGAAUGAGAUGGAGAAACUGACAAUCAAUGAUAUUUUGGGUUUACGAAACAUCAGUAAAGCUACACCUUCCAGCUCCCUUCCACCUUUGCAGGAAAUUGAGGAGACUGACAUGUUGGCAAUGACAGACUCUGGUUUUUUCAAUCAACUGGAUGAGUCAAAGCCAGAGCAAACCAUUGAGGACACUUACAACAAUCUUAACAACGCAGGGCUGAGUUCAAGUUCUGCUCUUGAAGUCCAUUCUUCCUUGUCUAAAACAGUUUUGUGGGAAAAUGAACAUGUCACAUUGAUAACAGCUUCUGAUGUUUAUCCCAAAAAUAAGAUACUGACAUCUGUUUCUGACAUUCCUGAACCUGUCCCUCCUGGAAGUGCUCAAACAUGCCUCAGAAAGAUUUCUAAAAAUAUAAGUGUCCAUAAUCUACCUGCUCUAGAAUCUCAACCUUUCAGCCACAGAUGGAAAAAUCAAACUUUACAAAUGUCAGAUAAAGGACAGUUGGAGAAAGUUGAAAACUUCAGUAAUGGAAACAUGAAAUUUCAAGAUAAAGACUGUUUGGCUCCAUCUUCCAGUUACAAAAUCUCUCUCACAGAUAUAUUUCAGUACCUCUUUGGUGAACAGAAACCCAUUACCAACCAAUCAACCACAGACAACAUAACCUCCCACUACACUGAUGGAAAUUCUGUCUCUGAAAACUAUGAUCAUUUCUUUUCAGAUUUUGAUACAGACAGCUUUUUCUACCCUCUCAUCACAGCAGAAGAUCAGGCUAAAGACAAGCCGGUUCCCAUCUUUUCUUGCUCUCGUUCAGCAAACCGAAAUAUACAAUACCCCGAGGCCUAUGAGUUCUUUUUUGCCUCCUCUUCUUCUGAUGAUUCUUCUGAUGAUGAAGAAAACUGUGGACCUGUGAGGGUGGUUACCAGAUUCAGCCGUACACCAAGUUCAUCUCGAAUUUGUAAGGACAUGUAUGAGAAUUUCUUCACAGAUAGAGACCUCAAACAGAAUUUUUUUUGGAAGAACACACUCUCCUUUAGAAAUCGUAGUUUUGCUGUCCAAAAGCAGACACUCUCAAACCCUCUGUCUUCUGAACCUUUGAAACAAAGCAAGGGACCCAGUCAAAAGACAGUUCAUUCUGUUAAUGCUCUGGAAAAUCAUGACAUAAUGAUUUCUGAUCCCCUCCGCCACUAUCUGGAGGACAGGAUCUCCAGACAACUGGCUCAGAUGGCUUUCAGAUGUGAGAACCUACAGAUGGCUGUUUCAAGUCCAAGGUUGGAUGCCCCUCUCCUGCCUCUCAGACAUUCAGAUAUGUGUCUGCUUUGUAUAGCAUUUGCCUCCUGGGUGAUGAAAACUUCAGAUCCACAAGCUGGAGAUGCCUGGAAAGCUGUUCUGCUGGCGAAUGUAAGUGCCCUGUCAGCCAUUCGAUACCUGCGUAAAUACAUCAGGAUGGAGGCGACAUCAAGUGAGAAUAAAGUGCAUUGCAGCACUCCAAGUUUCUGAUAACUCUACCCUCCAAUGUGUGCUUAUGAUAAGACAUGUUCCCAUAAACAUACCAAAGAAGCCCAUACAGGACCUCAGUUGUCAGAGAAGUUUUCAGAAUUUUAUCUGCUGUUGUAUUUUUGCAUUACAUAUUUGCACUAUAAUUCCUUUAUUUUUCUGGUUUGUUAAAAUGCUGAAUGCUUUGUUAUGAAACAGGAAACUACCUUAAAGAGAGUGAGAAAUCUCCAGUAAUCAGAACUAAGGGUUUGGACAGUUCUAAAUAGGUUUUUAGUGUGUACUAAAUGAAGAAUAGGGGCAGGUUGAACCAGAUGUACAGAGUUGAGAUCUUAGAUGGAUGUGUGAGAUAUGGACAAAUUUAAGGGUCUUGAAACGUUUAUGAUGGUUCUGUUUGAGCUUGUGUAUUUGGUGCCAUGGCUUUUAUUUAGAAGAUGUUUUUAUUCUUAGAGACUUUUGUGUUUUUAACAGUAACUGACAGAUUUUAACAUGUGAUUAUAUAAACUGAAAUAUAUUUUUUUCAAGAUGGUAACUUUAAAAAAGCCUUGCAGAGAACAUUUUUUACUCGUAUGUAUUUACUAUAUAUGUAUUCUUUGCCAGUAUCAGUUGCAUACUGUAUGAAGGGCAUUUGAUUUUGAUGAUUGAUAUUUGAUGGAUGACUGUACUGUAUUUUUCAUGUGGGUUGCUCUGUGAGCUGCUGUCUUUUAACCUCACUAUAGUAAACAAUAUCUCUGAUGAACUGUAGCAACGCCUCAAGUCUCUUAAUGAUGCAUCCUUGCUUUUCAAAGGUCAAACUAGAAGUAGUUCAACACCUACCUUUUAAGGUUUACCCUUAAGCCUCUCAGAUGAGAGAGGAUCGAGGACAGAGGAGAGAUCUUAGGAGCUAUAGGCAAGGAUACUUGAGAGCAGGCUCAAGUCUUACUGACAGACUGACCACCUUAUAGGAUAUCACUCAUUGAUUGGACGCUGCAGCACAUCAGACUUCAGUGAAACACAAUAUCAGCAGAGUUUAAUAAUGUAGGACGGCCUUAAAGUAGAUGCUGACAAGGCAAAAUGGAAACUUAAAUAGAAAAUAAACAUCCAUCAUUUUUUUGAAUCAGCACAUG